AUCUAGGGACGAGCAGUUGCACUAUGAAGUUUUGGGCGUGUAUGUUGUUAUUAUAAAUAAAAACGUAAUUUGAUCAUAACCCUGUUUGCAGGAGUUUGUGAGUAUAUUUAUUUGAAUAAUAGUUAUAGUGUGUUUAUAUUAAAAUAAAAAGUGAGUAUCAUAAACUAAUCAAUCAUGGAACGGAAAGAAUCGGGUAAGAAAUCUUCUGCAUUGAAUAAUCAUAACGAAAUGAAGGUACUUAUUAACAAAUUGUUACAAAUAAGUGCCGUACCUCAAGAGAAGGAUGUAUCUAAAUUACUGGAAAAUCAUAAGGACAUGACUGUAAUUAUUGAAACAAUUAAAAAAUUACAAAAAAAAGUAGUAACUGAAGAUAAAAAUAGGACAAGUGGUAGAACCUGUCCUGCCAUCAUUGAGAGAUUCACUAAUUGGUUUAAAGAGAACGGCGCGGAACUUGAAGGUUGUGAUAUACGAGAAAUUGAAAACUACGGUUUAGGAUUCAUAACCAAUACCAAAAUCCCGGAAUUUUCAUUAGUUAUUUCAGUACCAAAAAAGUUAAUGCUGACAGUUGAUGCCGCCAAAAAAACACCAUUAAAACAGUUGAUAGAGAAGGAUGAUUUAUUGGGUAACAUGCCCAAUAUUACCUUGGCCGUGUUUCUUUUAUAUGAAAAAUAUAAAUCCGAAUCGUUUUGGAAACCCUACAUCGAUAUUCUACCAAAUACAUACAACACAGUUUUAUAUUUCACUGUGGAUGAAUUAUUAGAGUUGAAGGGAAGUCCAACUUUUGAAAAAGCUCUUUGUAUAAAUAAAUGCAUUAUUAGACAGUUUGCUUAUUUUUAUAAAUUAUUUAACACAUCAGAAGAUUCCGUUAGCCACAUUAUGAGGAAGAGAUUCAGCUUUGAAGAUUAUUGUUGGGCUGUGUCUUCCGUAAUGACAAGACAGAAUAAAGUGCCUUCGGAAAAUGGGAUAACUAGAAUCGAUGCUCUGAUUCCCCUUUGGGAUAUAUGUAAUCACAUGAAUGGAACGAUAACGACCGAUUACAAUCCAGACUUGAAGAGGUGCGAAUGUUUAGCACUCAAAACGUAUCAACCCGGAGAACAGUUUUUCAUCUUUUACGGAGAAAGAUCAAACGCGGAACUUUUUUUGUAUAAUGGGUUUGUGUAUGAAGAAAAUGAGCACGAUAUAUAUUGGAUCCAACUCGGUAUCAGUAAAGAUGAUCCGUUGCGGGAACAAAGAACAGAGUUACUUAAAAUGUUUUCUUUCGAACUCAAUGAAAGUUUUUUUUUAACAAAAGAUGGCGAACCUAUCAACGAUGGUAUAUUGAAGUUCAUUUAUAUUUUCAAAAUGAAUCAAGAACAUCUAGAAUAUUGGUUGAAAUCCGAAGGAUAUAACUUCUCUUUAUGUCUAAAUAUCCAGGAAUCUUGGAGUUUUCUUCAAACUCGAUUGAAAUUACUUCUGGGUACAUACAAAACAACCAUCGAGGAAGAUCUAAAAUUAUUGCAAGAAGAACAAUUGAGCCCCAAUCGAAAGUUGGCGAUUAGAAUGAGGUUAACUGAGAAAAUGAUUUUGAAAAAAGGAAUCGAUUAUGCAGAUCGAAUGAUUGAAAGAAACGCGAUCGAAUCGAUCGAGAAAAUACAGAUUUAAAUGAGCUACAAAUUAUUAACUGAAUAAGUGUAUACAUUGUCCUAUUUACUGUUUAUUAAUAUGAAAUUAAAGUUUCGGUUUGUUUUUUA